AUGUUGAUGACACCAUUGAAAUGUUACCAAAAUCAAGAAGAGCUCUCACCAUUCAAGAGAUUGCUGCAUUAGCGCGAUCUUCCCUGCAUGGCAUUUCCCAGGUUGUGAAGGACCAUGUGACAAAGCCUACAGCCAUGGCUCAGGGCAGAGUGGCCCACCUGAUAGAGUGGAAAGGCUGGUGUAAGCCCAUCGACACUCCAGCAGCUCUGGAAUCAGACUUCAACUCUUACUCCGACCUCACUGAGGGAGAGCAGGAGGCGCGCUUUGCCGCCGGUGUGGCCGAGCAGUUCGCCAUCGCGGAGGCUAAGCUGAGGGCCUGGUCCUCUGUGGACGGCGACGAGUCCAAUGAUGACUCAUACGAUGAGGACUUUCUGCCUUCCAAUGAGCCCACCACACAGAGCACAGAUGUGUCGUCAUAUCCUCCAUACUUGAAGGACCUGAUCCACAGCCAGCUUUGCCAACACCUGGGCCUGCGAGGGCCCUGUUGCGAGGGUGGAGGAGGAGGCGGAGAGGGAGGUGGCAGCGGAGAGCCGUCCCCCACGGCAGGCAGCCCGGGCUCUUCCAGCCUCUGCAGCCUGGACGAACACCACCCGCUGCUGCGUGACCUGAGCGGCCACCGCGGGACCCACUCCCACAGCAACGCGGCCGAGCUCGCCGCCAAGAUCCUGUCAGCGCUGCAGGGAGGGGAGGAGCUGCUGCUGGCCAGACUGCAGAGGGCGGGGCAGAGCGGGCACAGCGGGGGGGACUGCGGCUUCCACAGCCUGGGCGGGGGAGGGCGGGGCAUCAGGCCCUGCGGGGGUCAGGACUCUCCUUGCUACUCCAUGUCUUACUCUGAGACGUACCUGUCACCUGGCGAGGACGACGACACCCCCUGCAAGGACUAUGAGAGCCCCGUGUGCCAGGUGGAGGCGGAGGGCAACGGAGGGGAGUACCCGCCUGACUACGACCCACGCAGGAGGGUCUCAGAUGUGGCCUCCUCUGGGGUCGUUUCUCUGGAUGAGGAGGAUGAAGAGGAGGAGGAGGAGAGGGCAGCAGAGCCAAACAACCAGUGACUCCUCUCAUCUCACCUCAGUGUUUCAUCCCUCCACACUCUUUGGAGGGAUUUCUUUUUUGCAACAACUUCCCCUCUCCUCCAUGGUGUCUGAAAAGUUUGAACCGCCGCCGCGCAUGCUGUUUUUUUUUGUUCCUCUGACUGCGACAUGAAUUCAUCGUCUUUGCCUUACUUGCAGCAUUUCAGCUCCUACGUUCCACCAUGUGACUGCUUUGUCUCCAUUCGAUGUACCAACUCUUUUCUUUGAAGGCGUCCAAACAAUCAUUUUUAUCAGUGUGAAAACAGGAGCGCCGGACUCGCCACAGCAGUCCAGCGACGAACACGUGGGUGUGACACACACAGUUUUUCGUCUCCGUCCCUACCUGCGACGCCACCGAUGGCACCAACAGGCAGACAGAAUGACUGAGUCCAAAACUCUGACUUAUCUUUGCAUGUGUUUUGCAAGUGCUGAAAUCGAUGGGCUGACCCAGUCUUGAGCACGGUUUGUAAUCUCAGCUGUUCUGUAUAACCCCCGCCCACCUCCCCGACGUCUCCAAGGGAGGGAGGGCUGACACUGCACCCUGGGACCUGCCCUCCCUCUCCUCCCCUCCCUCCCCCUCCUCCUUUGCAAGAGACAAAAUAGCAUCCUUUCGGGCAUGGCUUGCUGAGUAUGCCAAACUAUUUAACCCUGUCACUACCAAUUAUGAGCAAAUGCUGGAAUGUCUUCAAAGUGACAGGACAUAGUAUGUAUUUUAAAAUAACAAAGUUUAAAAAAAGAAAAAGAUUUGUCACAAAUGAUAUAACAGAAAUGAUAUGCUUUUAUUGUACUAGUUUUCUAUCACUCAAACAUGUUGUUGUUCACAUUAUUCCAAACAUCAUUAUGAUGGACAUCUGCCAUAAUGAUUAACUAUAACUACUGGAUAUUUUUGAGGUUCUGUGGAUUCCUGCAUGGAAGACACGAGAACUUUGGUUGUCUUAAAAAAAAUACACAGCAGCAGCAGCAGCAGUGACGACAAACACUGACAGAAUGUUCCUGAAGUGACCCUUCGGCGAUAGGUGUUCGGCAGGAAGUGGCGCAGCUGGAGAAGACAGAAAAGUUUUUUUUCUGUGAAGACGAGUUGCAUCGGAGAUUUUCUAUAUUUUUGUAUGCGUUGUCUUGCUUUGAUCUCUUUGCCUAUGCGGCGUGCCAGUGUAUGUGGUUUUUUGCACGAAGCUAAUGUGGCUGUAGAUUUCUCCUUUUCUUCGUUAUCACUGUGUGAUAUAGUUUACUGGGAAAAAAAAAACUUAACGAAACAAAUGUGAACAAAAAAGUUUUUAUUUUCUUUUUUAUUUCAAAAGAGGAUACUGUGAUACGGUUUGUUAUUGCCAUUCGUCAUGAUCCUCAUGAAGAGCUCUCUCGUUUUCUUUUUCCAAAACUUUCCAAAUGCUCUUCUUUCUUUCCUCUCAUACUGACUCCUGAAAAGCUUUGCCUUUUAUUCUGUACGUUCACUUCUUUUUUAUGAUAUUUGCAAAAUGGCAUGUUUGUGUGACACAUGCCGAAACUCCCAUCUCCAUGGCGAUGUGAGGAGCCCUGUUGAGGUUCUCCCAGAGGGACUGUCAUUCAUACAACUCAGGAAAUCCCAUUGGACCAGAUCAUCGAUGCAUCCCGCCCGCACUCAUAACACCACUCGUCAUUCAUCCUCCGCGUGUGUGUGUGCUCGUGUGUGUGCGUUUGUGUAGAACAUGCCUGGCGUGCGUAGUUAUUUUCUACAAAUAAUUAAAGCACAGAUUCAGUCCCCACGUCCUUCUUUAAUGUUGUUUGACUGUUUAGAGAAGCCUCAGUGUGUGUGUGUUUGACGUUUUGUGUAAAUGUGUGUGUGGUAGUGUGUGUUUAUAUGUGUGUGUGUAUGUGGUUGUAUUGCAAGAUGUCAGCAAGCUCCUCAAGCUUGCACUGUAUAUCCAUUCCAAAACCCCUCCAAUGCAGCGAUUCCCUUUAAAGCAGUGUCUGGUGUAGCUGAGCUCUUGUUGGAGGUUAAACUUUUACUGGUGCUGGAGAAAAAAAAGCAUGCAGUACUUACAUCUGGAAAUUAUUUUGACGCGAUGACAUCACUGAGUCGGACUUCUGAAUUUAAAAAAAAAAUGAAAAUGAGGAGUCCCGGUCAGGGCAGUUGGAAAAGACAGCGACAACUCAGGGGGAACCAUUGAAGCUGUGCCUUUCAUUCGUCACCUUUGACCUCCCAAGUUGUCUCAUAGUCAUCAUCUUCAUCAUCACAUCUUCCACACUGUCAUUUAGGCCAUAGCUUGGCUUCCUUCCUCUCCUCCCUUUUUAAAUGAGCGAGUGCGGAGUCAAACCCUGCUAAAAUCUGAUCGACAGAGGCACCAAAUAUCCUGUUGCACCUCCGGUGUGUAUUCUCCUGCUGUCGCUGGAGGUUACAGUGGGAGCGUCAUUGUCCUUUUGGUUGACAUUAAAAGCCGAGCGAUGCUGGCGUGGCGAGGUUAUGCUUUUUUCCUGGCGCGGUGACGAGAGCGUGCCAUUGCCCCCCCCCACCCUUUCCCCAUUUAUGUGCUUCCUCUGUCCACCACAGUGCAUUUGCUCCAUCUGUCCCUCCGAGUGUCCUCCAUCCUCUUCCCCAGCACAGUGUGAGUGUGUGAGAGACGACGGGCACCUUGGUGUGAUGUGUUUUUCAUUCACCCAGCUGACUUGUUGUCUCUCUCACAUCGACCACAUUCAUUCAUCCAGUCUUAACCCUCACCUGUCCUGAAUCUGAUCUGAACCCUAAUCCCUUUGUAGAAGUGGCACUUUGGUGGAUUUCUUCGUCUUCCUAUCCUUGUCGAGAACAUUUUGUCCUCACAAGAAUAGAAACAGAAGCGUUCCUGCUGACACACGCACAGACAGCCUGAUGAAUGUUUCCCCUCUCCAUCCUUCUGUCUCUGUCCUGUCAUUUCCUGCCCCCUCACCCUCCUCUCCUCCCGCCCCCUUUGUCUCCAUCCUUUCCUCUUUCUUUCCCUCCCACCUUCCAUCUAUCCCCACAGGGGGCUCAUUACGUAACUAAGAGGACAUCUGAGUGCUACCUUUGCCGACAGGCAAUUAGCCCGUGAUUAUAAAACCGCCUGACGAACAGGAGAUGCGUAUCUCUCUCCUGUCUGUCUUUUUAUUUCACCCUUUUUCCCCUUCGCUCCAUCGGCACCCUCCCUUCCCUCCCUUUUCUCUCCACCUCCUCCUCCUCCUACACCUCCUCACCGCUGCAUCUUUUGAGGUUAGCUGUCCCAGAAAACUCAUAUCGCUUUGUGGAAGUGUUCCUCGCUCUCAGUGCGGAAGUGAUUAAUAUUUCGUAGCCCAAUAACAGAAGAACACCCAGCUGUCCUUGAGUGAGACAGAUGUCUUCAGAGUGAAGCAUGUUUCUUUCUCUGUGAGUGUGUGUGUGUGUCUCUGGGCAGUGUAGUUUGUUGCUUCAGGCAAGCGCUGACAUUGGAUACUUAUCAGAGAGAAGUGCUCCAGAUUCUCUCGCUGUGAGUGUGUGUGUGCGUGUGUGUGAUAGUGAUGGGAGAACCCAGCGCUAUAAAAAGACAUCAAAACAUCUGUGGGACAGUGUCGAGGCAGGAGGGCGUAUGAAUAUUCAGUUGGUGGUGGUGCCCCUGUCACCCUAUAGCCUACUUACCAUUUUAGAACAAAGCUGAAGGGCCCGGGGACCGCGCUCGCCACACCACCGGCCCCCAGCGGUGAAUAUCAGGACAAAACCUGUGAACACGACUGAGACUGUGAACACUGCUGCAGGACCUGAGUGUGGAGAGUGUAAUCUUCAGAGUGAGAUGGUCUGUGUUUAACCCACAUUAGCCUCCACCGUCUUAAUUAAAACGUCCCACAAUCCUCGGGGGGUUUGGGUGCACACAGUGACACUGGACACACACACACACACACACACACACACACACACAAAAUGAAAAGAGGCUUGUGAGAGUUCAGAGAGCAAAGCCAUACAACUCACGCCCAGCAGAGACAAAGACAUUAUGAACUAACAGGGUAUGAGGAAUAUAGGUGACCCAAAAUGAAUGUACUGUCCCGUUCCAUCCUCCGUGGGUUACAUAUCACCGUCAGCAUCAGUGAAACACACACUCCACCUUCUCCUCCCUCUGAAACCUCAAUCCUGUCUUUCUUUUUUCCCCUUUUUUUCCUUUUUAAUACUUUUCUUCCUCUUUUGGCUGAAUGUAAUUAUUUGAAUAUCGCCACCUUGCAUUUGAAAAAUUAAUCUUUGUUUGCUGCAUCUGAUAUUAUUUGGAGUUAAUAAAAUAUUGUUAUUGUUCUUUGCAAAAAAUA